GAGUGCUGUAUUGCAUGCGCGAAGUCCAGAGCCGCUCGCUUUCUCUGGAAACACACAUGCACGCAUACACUGGUUUGGCGUUGACUUCAGUUGCAAUGUGGCAGUCCGGCAGACGCAGGAACAUCUCAUGCCUUCAGCCUGGAGCGAUGCGCGAGAAAUAGCGUGUUGCGUGACAUGUUGGGAGAACAACUGGGAUGGACAGGAGGUUCUGCUAGAAAACAUUUCUCUCAUGCCUUGAUUGUUCAAGCGGAUACAUGAAGUGGCAGAAGGUUUCAAGCCAAAGGAGCAACAUCCAAAAUAACAAACAAAUGAGCUGUCUUUUCACGUGAUGCCUCCAGCUACUUUCCUAUAGGCUUGAUAUAUGGAUGAGAAGAGUACCAUACAAAAAAAGAGACACCGGAGCGGCGAUUUCGUCGCAGGCUAUGGGGGCCAUGGUGACCUAGAGUCAAUAGUCGUUUCCUGGCAGGUCAACUUGUUUCCAGUUUAAUCCCUGCUUGCUCUCUUUGUCUUCUACCUCCCCACCAGAGUGAGGCGCCACCCUCUCUCUGUUUCUGCCACCCACUUGGCCGAGACAGCUAUGGCUGGAGUGAGAAAGUUGGCACGAGUAGUCAGGCACCAGGGUCUCCACCGCCUGAUCUUUGCACUCAUCCUUUUCUGUCUACUCUCCAUGGCCUACUUGGCUUAUCACGUUAGUGCUGGACCCAAGAUCAAGGAGGCCCCUGUGCCAUUACCGCUGGGGGACUGUGUAGCUACAUCUGUAGUUGGUGGUGGACAAAGGACUCCACUGUUCCUGCCAUCACAGGUCAGCCAACGGCGACAGUCAGCGAGAACAGCAGAUACCUCUCGGACAGAGCCCGUGGUGUUACUCUUUGUGGAAAGCAUCUACUCCCAACUUGGACAAGAGAUUGUAGCCAUUUUAGAGUCAAGCCGCUUUCAUUACCGCACUGAAAUUGCACCGGGAAAGGGGGACAUGCCCCCUUUAGCUUGGCGAGGUCGUGGCCGAUACACACUUAUCGUCUAUGAGAAUCUGCUCAAGUACGUCAACUUGGACUCAUGGAACCGCCAGUUACUGGAUAAAUACUGCCAAGACUAUGGAGUGGGAAUCAUUGGCUUCUAUCGGGCAAAUGAAAACUCCCCAUCCAGUGCUCAGCUUAGAGGCUUCCCUCUCUUCUUGCGAUCAAACAUGCCACUUUGGGAUUACAAAGUCAACCCUGCUGCACCCUUGCUCUACAUCACCAAACCUAAUGAGCUGGAACCUGGUCCUUUACCUGCGGACAACUGGACCACUUUCCUGUCCAACCACAGCACUUAUGAGCCUGUACUGUUAGCUAGCCCCAGACCAGCUGAACCCAAUCAGCUCCCGACACACUCACACCAACAGAGAGCUCUGCUGGCUACGGUUAUGCAAGACCUAGGUCUUCACGAUGGGAUCCAACGGGUGUUCUUUGGAGGUAGCCUGUCUUUUUGGCUGCACAAGCUGCUGUUCGUGGAUGCUGUGGGUUAUUUAACUGGCAGAAGGCUCAGCCUCUCGUUGGACAGAUUUUUGCUUGUUGACGUGGAUGACAUCUUUGUUGGGAAGGAGGGGACACGCAUGAAAGUGGCAGAUGUUGAGGCACUGCUUCACACACAAAACAAACUCCGUUCUCUGGUCCCUAAUUUCACCUUCAACCUGGGAUUCUCUGGCAAGUUUUUUCAUACAGGUACAGAUGAAGAAGAUGAGGGUGACGACACACUGCUUCGGCACCGACAGGAGUUCUGGUUUCCGCACAUGUGGAGUCACAUGCAGCCUCAUCUCUUCCACAACGUCAGCGUACUGGAACAGAUGAGACUUAACAAACAGUUUGCACAGGAGCAUGGUAUCCCCACAGACAUGGGUUACGCUGUAGCCCCCCAUCACUCAGGUGUGUACCCUGUGCACAGUCAGCUUUAUGAGGCCUGGAAAAACGUAUGGGGCAUCAAGGUGACCAGCACAGAAGAGUAUCCUCAUCUCAGGCCUGCCCGCUAUCGCAGAGGCUUCAUACACAACGGCAUACAGGUUCUUCCCCGGCAGACCUGUGGGCUUUUCACACAUACCAUCUUCUACAAAGAUUAUCCAGGAGGCCCUCAGGAGCUGGACAAGAGCAUUCGCGGUGGAGAGCUGUUUCUUACAGUGCUGCUCAAUCCUGUCAGUAUAUUCAUGACUCACCUGUCAAACUACGGCAAUGACCGACUGGGCCUGUACACCUUUGAGUCACUGGUGAGGUUUGUGCAGUGCUGGACUCACCUGCGCCUGCAGACUCUGCCUCCAGUCCGCCUCGCUCAGAAAUACUUCCAGAUUUUCCCUGAUGAGAGAGACCCCUUGUGGCAGAACCCGUGUCAUGACAAGAGACACAAAGACAUCUGGUCCAAAGAGAAGACCUGUGACAGACUACCUAAGUUUAUAGUGAUUGGCCCUCAGAAGACCGGUACCACCGCGCUUCACUCGUUUCUUGCCCUUCACCCUGCCAUUACCAGCAGCUUCCCCAGCCCCGUCACCUUUGAGGAGGUGCAGUUCUUCAGCGGACCAAACUACCAGCGUGGCAUUGACUGGUACAUGGAUUUUUUCCCUGUACCCUCAAAUGUGAGCACAGACUUCCUGUUUGAGAAGAGCGCAAACUACUUUGACACUGAAGUUGCUCCGAAGAGAGCAGCCGCCCUUUUACCAAGAGCCAAAAUCAUCUCCAUACUCAUCAACCCUGCCGACCGGGCGUAUUCAUGGUACCAGCAUCAGAGGGCUCAUCAGGACCCUGUGGCGCUAAACUACACGUUUCAUGAGGUGAUCUCUGCAGGGCCGUCGUCCCCCGCAGCUCUGCUGUCUCUGCACCGCCGCUGCCUGCAGCCUGGAGCCUACAGCAGCCAUCUGGAGCGCUGGUUACACCACUACCAGCCCAGUCAGCUGCUGAUCGUGGACGGCGUUCAGCUGCGCUCCAGUCCUGCUCAGGUGAUGGAUGGCAUUCAGAAAUUCCUCGGCGUCACACCUUACUUCAACUACACACAGGCGCUGACGUUUGACGAGAGUAAAGGUUUCUGGUGUCAGAAAGUGGAGGCAGGACGUACUCGCUGUCUGGGAAAGAGCAAAGGAAGGAAGUAUCCAGAAAUGAGCCUGGAGUCGAUGGUGUUUCUGUCGGAGUAUUACCGUGAGCAGAACGUGGAGUUACUCAGGAUGUUGAAACGUCUGGGUCAGCCUCUGCCCAUUUGGCUCAGAGAUGAACUGCACAACGCCAGCUGGAGCUGAUCAGAAGCAGCAUAAGGAGAACCACGGCAGAACCCUGCUCCACACAGGAGAACUCAGGGCCCCCGUGCGGCAGGAGCCAAAAGAGGAC